GCAAGAAAUGUGGCAAUUUAGUGUCAUAUAAUAGAAGAGAUUGGGCUAUCCUAAGCCCUGCGCAGAGACACAUCGUUGCAGCAUCUUCCCGUUCCUCAAUUCUUCCAAUUUCUCUUUGCCAACAAGUUUUAUGCAAAGCAGUAGAUAAUGCAUCUACGAAUGUUCCAAGUAGCAGCCCAGUGAAAUGAGCCAGUAUGAGACUAUAAUUGAAACAUUAACAACUCUUUUUCCUGUGUGGGUUAUGUACAAACCAUCUGCGGUUACUUGGUUGCAAACAGACCUUUUCACUGUAGGAUUGGGCUUCGUCAUGCUUUCCAUGGGAUUGACAUUGACAUUUGAAGAUUUCAGACGUUGUCUACGGAACCCAUGGACUGUGGGAGUAGGAUUUCUUGCUCAGUAUUUAAUCAAGUCGGUGUUAGGCUUCUUUAUUGCAAUGACUCUGAAACUCUGUGCUCCUCUUGCAACUGGUCUUAUGUUAGUCUCAUGCUGCCCUGGAGGUCAGGCCUCAAAUGUCGCAACCUACAUAUCCAAGGGAAAUGUGGCACUCUCAGUUCUCAUGACAACCUGUUCUACCAUCAGUGCUAUUGUCAUGACACCACUCCUUACUAAGCUUCUUGCUGGUCAACUUGUUCCGGUUGAUGCAGCUUGUUGUCAAAUGGAUUUUUUCCCAAGUUCACUGCACAAAUAAUUACAGUCACUCUGCUGGUAGGGGUUAACCUUACCACCUUGCUAUGUGCGAGCCCUGUAAGUCCACAAAAUAUUUGAUCAAUUUGGUUUGAGUUGAAUUAUUUUUGAAGUAUUAACGGUAGCUCCACUGUCUCAGUUCAUGGGCUUGGUGACACUAGCUUUACAUUGAAGGAAACUGAUUAUCGCUUGUUUCCUACAAGAUUGGGCAAGUUUCUGAUGUAUUGAAGGCUCAAGGAACACAACUAAUAUUCCCUGUGGCUCUCCUACAUGCUGCUGCAUUUGCUCUUGGUUAUUGGAUUUCAAGGAUGUCAUUUGGUGAAUCUACAUCCCGUACUAUUUCUAUUGAAUGUGGGAUGCAGGUAUUGUCUUUUCUAAACGUUUCAUAACAACUAUUCUGAUCAUGACUGACAAAGUUCGUUCAA